GCGUCCGGCGGCCCCUUGCUUUACCGGGCCUCCGCUUAGGUGGGAGGGCGGUGGGAAGGGACCUAGGGCUGGAACCCAUGUCCCCCGAUCCUGGCCGGGCUCCCGCUACGAGCUUCCAUGAGCCCCGGGCGGCACCCGGAACCCUGAUCGCCCGAGGCCUUGGAAGGGGUCGCGCCUCCGAAUGUGCUGGUGCCUCUCCGGCCGUGCGGGGUUAUGGCAUCUACACAUUCCCGAAUUCCUUCUUCCGUUAUGAAGGGGAGUGGAAAGGAGGGAAGACCCACGGCCGUGGGAAGCUGCUGUUCAAGGACGGGAGUUACUACGAAGGCGAGUUUGUGGACGGGGAGAUCUCGGGCGAAGGCUGCAGGCUCUGGGCGGCGACAGGGAACACCUACUCUGGUCACUUUGUCCUGGGAGAGCCGCAGGGCCACGGCAUCAUGAAGUACGGAGCUGGGGGUUAUUACGAGGGAGCGAUGUUCCACGGCAUGAGAGAAGGACUCGGGUGUCUGGUGGACCAGGACGGGAACGUGUACCGAGGGUCCUUUCACAGCAACAAGCAGCACGGCCAAGGGCACGUGGCCUUUCGGAACGGUGACACGUAUGACGGCGACUGGGUCCGGGGCCAGCGUCAGGGCCACGGGGUGCUGCGCUGCGCGGACGGCUCCACCUACGAGGGACAGUGGCACAGUGAUGUCUUCAGUGGCCUGGGCAGCAUGGCCCACUGCUCCGGGGUCGUCUAUCGGGGCAUGUGGAUCAACGGCCACCCAGUGGCGCGAGCUGCGAGGAUCGUGAUUCUGGGCCCGGAGAUGACGUGCGUGGCCGCCGGCUCCUCGUUCCCGGUGUGCGUUCAGCUGCAGCAGGAGGACGGGGCCGUGGCCGAGAGCGAGGAUGGCCGGGUGCUGAGGGUCUCGGCGGGCGUCAGAUACGUGCAGCUCCCGGCCCACUCGGACGUCUGCUUCUUCCACGUGGACCAGGACAGGCGGGAGGCGCCCAUCCAGACCCCAUUUGGGUUCGAGUGCAUUGCCUACCCGCUGUCCAGCGCCUCCCUUGGCAGCCCGGAGCCCAGAGCCGCCCCGGAAAGCACCAGAGACCUGGGGGCAGCGCUGACGUCAGACGCCUUGCAUGGCCGGGGGGACACCCCCGGUGACCUGCCUGCAGGGGGACGCAGUGCCUGCUGCCCGGAGGACUGCCGGCGGGUGGAGCGCGGCCGUGCCGAGUUCCUGGACAUCCGCCUCGGGCCCCCUCCGCCCGGGUACCACCCCAUCCCGUUCCUGGACUGCCUGAGUAAGAAGGCGAGCAGCAGGCCCGGGGGCGACCUGGGCCCCAGGACAGGGGCGCCCACUGUGCGGGACCCACCCGGAGGCAGCAGGCCCGACGGGGCGGCCGGGGCAGGGCCGAGGACGGAGGCCUUCCCAGGGGACUAUGUCAUCAUGGUCCAAGACGUCACCGCCCCGCCGUUCCUGGGCCACACUCUGCCCACGGCCUUCCAACACCUUCGGGUCUCUGUGAAGGGGCCUGGUCAGCAGCCCCCCGUCCCCGGAGAAGACCCCAAAGCCCAGAACUAGGAGGGCCACCAGCCACGGAGGAUGGUGUCCCUGCAGGAGACCCCUCGUUUUGGAGAGGACAGAGGCUGCCUCUGCUUCCCUGGGCACUGCCCCUUCUGCCUCCCUCCGUAGUGAGUCAGACUGGGGGCCGAGGAGCCCCACACGCACCCCAGGGCCGCCGGCUUUAAUAAAGUG